CAUAGUAGGAGCAGGGGACUGUGUGGCCUGUACACCAACAGCUGCUCUGCUGAUGAUAGGGCACAUGUAGGCCCUUCUGCUGCUCUCUGAGCCAUUUAAAUUUUAAAGGUCCUCUGAAGAGUCAGCUGUAGGUUCUCUGAGCAUAUGUGCAUGCAGAGGGACAGCUCUCCAAUCUCCUUGCCAUAUCUCCAAACUUAUUAGCUUGGGAAACUCACAUGAGAAAAUUCUCUUUUAACUUGGUCCAGUGAUUCAACCGGGUGCUUUAUAUCAGGGAAAAUGGGAGCCCUUAUUGCUAAGAUGUUGCUGCCUACCAUCAGCAGUUUGGUGUUUCUACCUGCAGCUAGUGUUGCCACAAAAAGAGGCUUCCACAUGGAGGCCAUGGUCUACUUCUUUACGAUGUUCUUCACAUCGAUCUACCAUGCAUGUGAUGGACCAGGCCUGUCUGUUCUGUGCUUCAUGAAAUAUGAGAUUUUGGAGUACUUCAGCGUUUAUGGUACAUCAGUCUCGAUAUGGGUUACAUUAUUAGCUCUAGGAGAUUUCGAAGAGCCUAAGCGCUCCACACUCACCAUGUUUGGAGUGCUUACCUCUGCUGUGAGGAUAUACCAGGACCGCUGGGGCUACGGGAUCUACUCUGGCCCCAUCGGCACAGCUGUGCUCAUGAUCACAGUCAAAUGGUUACAAAAAAUGAAAGAAAAAAAGGGCCUGUACCCAGACAAAAGUGUGUACACUCAGCAAGUGGGACCAGGAUGCUGCUUUGGAGCCCUGGCUUUGAUGCUUCGCUUCUAUUUUGAGGAGUGGGACUAUGCUUAUGUGCACAGUUUUUACCACCUGUCACUGGCAGUGUCCUUCGUACUUCUGCUUCCGAAGAAGAACCGCUAUGCGGGGACGGGACGCAAUGUAGCCAAACUCAACUGCUACACACUCUGCUGCUGUACAUCGCAACCGCCGGUAAAAGCGAAUGCUCGUACCAUUUGGACGACACCCCAAAAGCCCUGGAUGCGGGUAUGCAGACCUGGCCUUCCAUUUCACCACUCUCAGCCACGCACAAUGUAACAUGCAAAGAUGUCUGCUACCAGCAAUCCAACAGUGAGGACAGUUAUAUGACCUUCAGGCAAGCCAAGAAUGUGUGGGGCGACACACUCAAGUACCACAACACAGACUUUAAUGUUGAAAGGAUGCCCUUGUAAAAUUUCGAGCAAAAGGCUACUAAAGGCUUUGCCUCCAAAUGUGUAGACAUAUGAAGCGGCCAUAUAAAAGCAGAUAGUCGUAGGGUUAGUAAGACGGCUGACGUCCAGCUGGAAAGUUUACGAGUCGCGAAACAUAGCAGACAUUUUAUUUCUCCAGAAUGAAUAAAUUGUCUUUUAAGAUGUACCUCAGGAGAGAUUGCUUGUCUACAUUUCUCUAAGAGAAAUGGCCAUUAAAUGCAGUUAAAAAAUGCUGAAAAAUACCAGAACUAAAAAAAAAACAACCAAAUCUUAUUCUUCAUAUUUAUUGCCAUGUCAUUUGGUACAUCAGCCAUCUGAACACAGCUGAAAUAAACUGAAAUGUUCCGGGAACAAGAAGCAAACAAUCAUGCUGAUGUGUCUUGCAGCAGGUGGAAAGUAGUGUGUUUAUUCCAGUGUACUGAGAGCAUAUUUUCAGAGCCCUUUUGAAAUAUAUUACGUUGUAUGUCAACAACUGUGUAAAUAGAUUUAUUUAUUCUAACGCCACUGCUAGUUCCAGGCUGUAAUUUCAUCAUGAUAGCUAACUUUUUUAACUACAAAUUGUCGAUUGC